CAAUCUGUUAAAACUUCAAACAAGCUACUCUAAUCCCAUUUCGCUCUGCUCUGUCAGUUUUACCAUUUCCUUGCUUUGUUUCAAUUUUGGGGUUUUCAGGAACUGGAGAAUGGUUGCAGUUUAGAAGAGCUCCGAUCCCACCGAUAGCUUAUCACUCAAAACCAGUUUUGCAAAUCCCAAUCUCCUAAUCUAGCAAAAGAAAGAAAGAUUAAAAAAAAAAAAAAGAUACCCAAAACUCGAAAGCCAUGGUGGUUGCUAGUUCCAAUCCUCACAACAGGGAGAUGCAAAUCCGUAGAAGAAUAAACAGCAUAUUCAAUAAAAGAGAAGAUGAUUUUCCAUCCCUGAGAGAAUACAAUAAUUAUUUGGAAGAAGUGGAAGAUAUGAUUUUUAAUUUGAUUGAAGGAAUAGAUGUUCAAGCUAUUGAAGAAAAAAUUAGUAAGUAUCAGGUAGAAAAUGCUGAGCAGAUAAUGAUCAAUCAAGCUCGGAAGGCUGAAGAUUUAGCUGCAGCUAUGGCAGCAAGCAAGGGACUUCCCAUACAGGCUGAUGCUGAUGGGGCCUUAAACCAGAGCUCUCAAGCAGGGUUUGUUGCUGGUGCCCAAGGUCAAUAUGCACCUACGGUUCCUGGAGGGCAGCCACGACCAACAGGCAUGGCUCCACAACCUGUGCCACUUGCAGGUGGGCUGGACAUGCAUGGUUAUGCUCUGGAUGAUGAGGAAAUGAUGAAGCUUCGAGCAGAAAGAGGUGGACGAGCGGGAGGGUGGAGUAUAGAGUUGAGCAAGAGGAGGGCCCUCGAAGAAGCCUUUGCAAGCAUUUGGAUUUGAUGUUCUUGAUGAAUACCAAUUUUGGCUCCAUGUUACAUGAUGUAGCUCCUGACAAAUGUUUGCAUAAAAAACAAUUAUGCUGAAAGAGAGAAGCUCAAUUACUUAAGGAAUAUCAUGAAAUGAAAGAGAAGAAGAAAAAGGAGGAGAAUGAUGGUGGGAAAGUUGAGAUUGAUCUUGAAAAAGAUUCUGAACGCGAGGCAGGGACAGGUACAGGAAAUGUGGCAAAACCUUCUAGCUCACAUUCUUCCAAGCCCCUUUGACAGAGAAAAAUGAAGUUGCAUCAUUUAUCUAGUGAGUACGAAGAUGAUGACAGUUCUGAUGAAGGUGCAAGCAACCUUUACCAAAACCACGCCUACUGAGGAUGGAGAUGAUAAAUGGUUCUGUUGUAGAUGAUAAUAUGAUUUUUUCCUUUUGUAAGGCAAGAACCACUAUCAUCUUCAUCCUCUUUUUUCUCCUUCCAAGAGGCUCGGAGGAAUGCGAACCAGAAGGUUUUGCAUAUUCCCUUUCCCUUUCCUUGCCUCUUCGUCAGAAUCAUUUUAAAGAUCAAUCACAAGUCUCCCAUCGGCAUUCACAUCCUUUUUCUUCUUCUCCGCAUUUUUCCUCCUCUUUCAUCUCAUGAUAUACUUAAUACCUUUUUUAUGAAGUGGUGUGUGUGUUUGCUCGGCUGCGUUGUUCAUCGUUCUCUGGUUCAUACAUGGAUUAAUAUUUUCAAUCGAUAGGAAUGGAACUCAUUGCACAAGAAAGUCCCUAUUUGUGAGGGUGAAGUAACCCUUUAUUUGGACAA